UAGUAUCUGUUUCAUUUUUGUUUGUUUUUCCCCAAAAGCAUAUGCCCUCCAGACUCCUUGCCCAAAUUUCCAUGCACUAACUAUACCCUCUCUCCUCGUCUUCUUCACCUCAAUCGUUUUCACAUUCAUCAUCCGAACCUUCGUUUCCCACCAAUUCUCACGACUUUCUUAUCCAAGACAAGAAAUUCAAUUCCGCCCCCCAAGAAACAGGAAUAGUACUGCUCCUACUAGUAGUAAGUAGUACAGUAAAUGAUUUCUCCCGUCCCCAAAAUUCAAACUCGGGCGCACUUUCCUACCAAUUCCCACUCUCCGUUUUGCAUGACUCGGUAAAACGGCCUUUUCCCUUGGAGAAAGAAAAUACUCUAUUAAUGGCAAUGGAGAUAUGCUCUGAGAAUUCUUCUUCUACGCUGGUGAUGAGUCCAGCUAGGAUCUCGUUCUCGUACGACCUCUCUCAAUCCGACGCCGCUCCGAUCGAACACCACUUCCGAUCGAAUUCUUCUUCUUCUUCGGGCGUCGAUUUCGAUUUCUGCACCCAAGAGGCUUGCGCCCAGGCGUCUUCAUCCGCCGAUGAGCUUUUUUCUGACGGGAGAAUCCUUCCCUUCCGAAUCAAGGAAAACGUCGCUCCGCAGCGGCGAGAAAUUCGGCCACCGGAAGUUCUGGCAGCGGAUCUACAAUGUGGAAAAGGUGAGAUUGAAGAGGGAUUGAAGGAGGAGAGGAAAGGAGCGAUCUCCGAGUCCGAGGAAAAACAUCAGGGCUCGAAAUCGUUUUGGCGAUUCAAGAGGAGUAGCAGUUUGAAUUGUGGCAGUGGAUAUGGUCCGAGCUUAUGCCCCCUGCCUCUUCUAUCGAGAAGUAAUUCAACCGGUUCAGCAGCGAGCCAGAAGCAGAAUUCCAAGAAAAAUCAUCCAUCCGUUGCAGCUCCAAAGAUACCAUCGCAAUACUCUUCAACUUGGGGUAGCUAUCAGAAGCCUCCAUUGAAGAAGAGUUACGGGUCUUAUGGCAACGGUGGUGGUGUUCGAGUCAAUCCAGUGUUGAAUGUUCAUCCAGGUAAUCUUUUUGGCUUAGGCUCGAUCUUCGGGAAGGAGAAAAGCAAGAGGAAGUGAUUCAACAGUGGGAUAACCGUCUACCGCUAGUUUGUUUGUGGAUUUAGAGCCUUUUGCAAUAUGGUUUCGUCAUCAGAAUGUAGUUUAAGUUGAUGAUGUGUACUAGUUGAUGGUCACAGUCUAUGCUCUUUGAUUUUAGCUGGUUGUAUAUGUGAGGAAUGAUUGGAAUUGUUUCAGGAUUUUGACUCAGAGAAUACAGGAAAUGCUUUGUUUUGGCUGCUA